AUGGCAGAGCAGCAUAGUACGCCUGAGCAGGCUGCAGCUGGCAAAAGCCACGGAGGCCUUGGGGGCAGCUACAAGGUGAUUGUGUAUGAGUUAGAAAACUUCCAGGGCAAGCGAUGUGAGCUCUCGGCCGAGUGCCCCAACCUCACCGACAGCCUGCUGGAGAAGGUGGGCUCCAUCCAGGUGGAGUCUGGACCGUGGCUGGCGUUCGAGCGCAGGGCCUUCCGUGGGGAACAGUUUGUCCUGGAGAAAGGGGACUACCCUCGAUGGGAUGCCUGGUCCAGCAGCCGACGCAGCGACAUUCUCCUGUCCCUCAGGCCUUUGCACAUUGAUGGCCCAGACCACAAGCUGCACCUGUUUGAGAACCCAGCCUUCAGUGGGCGAAAGAUGGAGAUCGUGGAUGAUGACGUGCCCAGCCUGUGGGCCCAUGGCUUCCAGGACCGUGUGGCCAGCAUCCGGGUCAUCAACGGGACGUGGGUGGGCUACGAGUUCCCCGGCUACCGCGGGCGCCAGUACGUGUUCGAGCGGGGCGAGUUCCGCCACUGGAACGAGUGGGACGCCAACCAGCCGCAGCUGCAGUCGGUGCGCCGCAUCCGCGACCAGAAGUGGCACAAGCGUGGCUGCUUCCUGAGCAGCUGA